AUGUCCGUCGACCUUGAGCCGGCGGAGCUCGGGUUCAAGCGCCCCUUCAACCAUGAAGUCUCUCAAGUUCUCCGCCUACACAACCCAAGCAGUGACCCCGUUGCCUUCAAAGUCAAGACCACCGCACCAAAACAGUACUGCGUCCGCCCCAACUCCGGCCGCAUUGAAGCCGGCCGCGCCGUCGAAGUGCAAGUCCUCCUCCAAGCAAUGAAAGAGGACCCACCACCUGACGCCCGCUGCCGCGAUAAAUUCCUCGUCCAAACCGUCACCGUCCCCUCCGACCGCGAAUUCACCACCGUCACGCAGAUAUGGAGUACCGUCGAGCAGAGCGCCAAGAGCAGCAUCCAAGAGAAGAAGAUCCGCGUCAACUUCCUCCCCGCCGAAGGCACGGUAGGUCCAGCAGUAACCACAAACGGCAUUGCCUCGUCCCAGCACCAUGACGAGGAACCACCGGCAUACUCGAGCCCGGUCUCAACCAUGACGCCGCAGCGAGAUUUCAAGCCCAGCGGACCCAUCUCCACGCCUUCGGACAAACCCGCAGGCGCGACGCACAGAGGCGAAGCGGUUGACAGCGCUCACAACCCCGCCAUGUCGCAGACAUCAAUUCAGAGCACCACUUCCGCCAUGUCCAACCAGCUCAGCUCGACCGCCGCAGCAAUCACUUCAGCCAUUCCAACUUCACAGGCCGACCUGCAAAAGCAGCUCGAUGCCGCGAACGCGCAGAUCAAGUCACUGCAGCAGCAGGCGACGGAAGGUCUGCGCCAGCGGAACAUCAUCUCCGGGGAUGAGAAGAAGGCUGCCGAUGGGUCGUCCUCGACUACGACGACGAGUCUGCAGAAUCGGCCUGCGCCGGGAGGUGUGCCGGUGCAGUAUGUGGCGUUGUUGUGCUUGGUUUGCUUUUUGCUUGCGUACUUUCUCUUCUGAGGCAGUCACAGAGAGAGUCAGGAUGAGAGUGAGGGAGUGAGGGAGAGGUUAUAUGACAAAGACCGACUUCCAGAGUGGCAAGCCGGAUUGCCCUUUUGUUACGUCUAGGCUGAUACAGAGGGCUCCACAUUACGACUAGGCUACCGAAACGGUUUGAUGGCGAGACUGUUGCGCUAGGCUAGGCUGCCCUCUGCCGUGAUAUGCAGACGACGCUCGCCCAUUGGUGCGGCUCUGGUUAUGCUGGGCGUUCGCAGUAGGUCAGAGUGAGGAUGGG